CAACUUUCGGUAUUCUCGCUUCCCCUUUCCCUUUCUGCCUCCCCCUCUCUCCCUCUCCAUCUAAUAAUAAAGUGGCCAGUUCUUCUUUUCCUCUCUGGUCUUAUCUUCGCUCUCUGAGGUUCUGCAGAGCUUUUCGGAGAUAAUUUCCCUUGUCAUAACCGCCCAAGAUCUGAAGGGGAGAGGAUGUGUGGAGGUGCCAUCAUCUCCGACUUCAUCCCGAGCACUGCUCGUGGAAGGAGGCUCGCCGCCGAGCAGUUUCUGCGUGCUGUCCCCGACUACCAGGCCUCCAAGCCCGUCAAGCAGCCCGUGAUCGGCGUCGAUGACGACUUCGAGGCUGACUUCCGUGAGUUCAAGGACGAGUCCGACGAAGAGGAGGAGGUCGUCGACAUCAAGCCCUUCUCCUUCGCGAAUCCCGCCUUUUCCUCGCCCUCCUCCGAUGGGUCUGCUGUCAAGUCGCCAGAGUUCACGGGCCUUGCUGAAAGGAGUGCAAAGAGAAAGAGAAAGAACAUGUACAGGGGGAUCCGUCAGCGGCCCUGGGGCAAAUGGGCUGCUGAGAUCAGAGACCCAAGAAAGGGUGUUCGUGUCUGGCUUGGGACAUUUAAUACUGCUGAGGAGGCAGCAAGAGCCUAUGAUGCUGAAGCACGGAAGAUUCGCGGUAAGAAAGCUAAGGUGAACUUCCCUGAUGAGUCUCCUUCUUCACAGAAACAGAGGAUUCAGUCAGCCAAGGAGAACAACCUUAAGAAGGCCGGUAAUAAAAUGAUCUCUCAUGUGUCUGUGAAUGCUAAGAUGCAAUCGGGCUUUGGGGAGUCCACUGAUCCAAAUCUGUGCAGAAGUUUUGGUUAUAAUGGUGACAGUGGUUAUAUGAUGAAUAAACCCAGUUUCACAGGUUUGUUCUCCGAUCCUGAAAGUGAAUUCAAAGGUUUUAUGCAGUCUGAUGAGGGUAGUAAUUCGUUUGAUUGUUCUGAUUUCUCGUGGGAGCGAGAUCCCAAAACUCCACCUGAGAUAUCUUCUGCUUUCUUUGGGCCCACGGUUGAGUGUGAGGAAUCAAAGUUUACUGAUGUUGCUCUGAAUGGAAAUGGGGAUGAGAAGAAGGCAUUAGAAGGUGUCAAGGCAGUUGAAGAAAAUGCUGUGAAAUUAUCAGAGGAGCUGUCUGCUUUCGAGACCUAUAUGAAGUUCCUUCAGAUCCCCUACUUGGAAGGGAGUCCUGACCAAUCCAUUGAAACCCUGUGCAAUGGAGAUGUUACCCAGGAUGGGCCGAUGGAUCUUUGGAGCUUUGAUGACCUGCCAGUGGCAGGUAGUGUUUAUUGAAGCGGAGUUUCUGUUUGCGCUGAUGCUCUGUAAAUAACUAGCAAUGAUAGGGUGUGUGGUGAUGGGGGAGAAACUCAAAGAGUUAUAUUCUGCUGCAUGCUGUGUUUGGGUAUAUGUAAUGUAGGUACGGACUUCCCAUAUGGCAUCAACUUCUGGAUUUCUCUUUAAUUUUCUGCUAUGAAACUGAAAGACCCAUAAGAUACUCUGUUUUUAUCAUUUGUCUAUUGGAAAGACUCGAGAUAUCCUUUCUUUAUAAUGUCUUUCGAUGAUGUUAAUUGUAUCGUGAAGUUUGUGUGUGA